UUGUGGUUAGGAUGCGGUGAAACCAAAACACUGCGGAAUAAAAGUGAAAACGUUCACAGAAAAUACUUUAUUUUCAAUUAAAAAAUAAGAAAAAAUGUCUGAUGAGGAAGUCAUAAGACGACGAUUGCUGAUAGAUGGGGAUGGAACCGGGGAUGAUCGCAGGAUAAAUAUCCUUCUAAAGUCCUUCAUAAAAUGGGUGAACAACCCAGAAGCGGACAAUACCCUCUACGAGAGAAUAAUCUCGCAAUUGGCACAAUGUGAGUUUGCCCAGAAGAAGACGAGACUAGUCUCUGCAAUGAGCCAGGAGGAGCUGAAGAAUUACGAGACCUUGUCGAAAGACAUCGAGGUGGAGAUUGAAGAGGCGAAGAAGGCUAUUGAUGCGACCAAAGUGGAACUGCAGGAGGCCAAACAGAUUAGAAAAAAUAGGAUUGAGUAUGAUGUGUUGGCUAAGGUUAUUAACGAACAGCCAGACAGGCAAGAGACUAAUAAGAAGCUGGAGACGCUGAAGGAAGAGCUUGGGAACUUGAAGGAAAAAUCCGAGCGUUUAGAACACAAAUUAGAAAUGAGAAGAAAACAAUUCCACGUAUUAAUAUCAUCAAUCCAUUCCCUUCAAAGUAUGUUGGACGAAUCUGACGAGGAAAUAAUGGACGUUAGUCUCGAGAAUUACGAGGAUUCAGAGCACUACGUAACAACAUAAUCCAAUAAAGAGACAAUAAAUAACAGAGAACUCACUUCGUUCGUAUCUAGACGUUUGGUGAAUUCAAGAAAAGUAUGGGAUCCACAGCUGAUGGUCGUGACGAUGGGAUGGAAGAGAGGGCCAUCGGAAUGUCCCUGUGAAAAUCAACUACAUCUACAAUAUUUGAUAAUUAAAAACACGAUCAAACAGGAUAGCUGAGGAGUUUUGUAACUUAAAUUAUUUCUAAUACAAAAAAUACACUUGAAUGAUA